AUGGAUGAAGGUUGGCUGGAGCUGUCAGUCUCGUCUCCUCCUUGUCUUUCCUCAUCCAUCGUGUGCGUGCUGACAGCAGUCUCCCAAGCAGAACCGCAGCUCCUCGCACGUAAUUCAUAUUCCCAGCAGCCUCCCCCAGCCACCACAUGGGGAGGCGACUGGGGAGAGGGGAGGCUUCAGAGACCACAGGGACGUAUAGACCCCUGCUCCUGCCCCAGAGACCCCUGCACCCGCCCCAGAGACCCCUGCACCCGCCCCAGAGACCCCUGCUCCUGCCCCAGAGACCCCUGCUCCUGUACCCGCCCCAGAGACCCCUGCUCCUGUACCCGCCCCAGAGACCCCUGCUCCUGCACCCGCCCCAGAGACCCCUGCUCCUGCACCCGCCCCAGAGACCCCUGCUCCUGCACCCGCCCCAGAGACCCCUGCUCCUGCACUCACCCCAGAGACCCCUGCUCCUGCACCUGCCCCAGAGACCCCUGCCCCUGCACCCGCCCCAGAGACCCCUGCUCCUGCACCUGCCCCAGAGACCCCUGCUCCUGCACCUGCCCCAGAGACCCCUGCCCCUGCACCCGCCCCAGAGACCCCUGCUCCUGCACCUGCCCCAGAGACCCCUGCCCCUGCACCCGCCCCAGAGACCCCUGCUCCUGCACCUGCCCCAGAGACCCCUGCCCCUGCACCCGCCCCAGAGACCCCUGCUCCUGCACCCGAGACCCCUGCUCCUGCACCCGCCCCAAAGACCCCUGCUCCUGCACCUGCCCCAGAGACCCCUGCUCCUGCACCUGCCCCAGAGACCCCUGCCCCUGCACCCGCCCCAGAGACCCCUGCUCCUGCACCCGAGACCCCUGCUCCUGCACCCGCCCCAAAGACCCCUGCUCCUGCACCUGCCCCAGAGACCCCUGCUCCUGCACCUGCCCCAGAGACCCCUGCCCCUGCACCCGCCCCAGAGACCCCUGCUCCUGCACCCGAGACCCCUGCUCCUGCACCCGCCCCAAAGACCCCUGCUCCUGCACCUGCCCCAGAGACCCCUGCUCCUGCACCUGCCCCAGAGACCCCUGCCCCUGCACCCGCCCCAGAGACCCCUGCUCCUGCACCCGAGACCCCUGCUCCUGCACCCGCCCCAAAGACCCCUGCUCCUGCACCUGCCCCAGAGACCCCUGCUCCUGCACCCGCCCCAGAGACCCCUGCUCCUGCCCCCGCCCCAGAGACCCCUGCUCCUGCACCUGCCCCAGAGACCCCUGCCCCUGCACCCGCCCCAGAGACCCCUGCUCCUGCACCUGCCCCAGAGACCCCUGCCCCUGCACCCGCCCCAGAGACCCCUGCUCCUGCACCUGCCCCAGAGACCCCUGCCCCUGCACCCGCCCCAGAGACCCCUGCUCCUGCACCCGAGACCCCUGCUCCUGCACCCGCCCCAAAGACCCCUGCUCCUGCACCUGCCCCAGAGACCCCUGCUCCUGCACCCGCCCCAGAGACCCCUGCUCCUGCACCCGAGACCCCUGCUCCUGCACUCACCCCAAAGACCCCUGCUCCUGCACCCGCCCCAGAGACCCCUGCUCCUGCACUCACCCCAGAGACCCCUGCUCCUGCACCCGCCCCAGAGACCCCUGCUCCUGCACCCGCCCCAGAGACCCCUGCUCUGGGUUAAUGAACAGUCUGAACGUGUUAGUCGGUGUGGCGGCUGCGCUCCGGGUGGCGGCCACAGAUGAUUGA